AUGGAUGGCCCUCCGUUCAAUUUAUUCCGUGUUGUUUAUCCACGUCAAGAACGAACAUAUCGUCCACGCAAUCUAAACGUGAUUGGCUUUAAUGACAGCCAGUUAAGAGCAAGAUAUAGGUUUGGCCGAAAUGCCAUCAACUACAUAACAAAUCUGCUUUACGAUGACCUUGUCAGGGAUACACAACGCGGCCAUGCUCUUUCUCCGGAUUCACAAGUACUCAUCGCACUGAGGUUUUACGCAACAGGCAGCUUCUUACAAGUUGUUGGAGAUACGUUUGGUGUUGAUAAGGGUACAGUGUCCCGUGUCGUAAGAGAUGUGUCCUUGGCACUUAACAGGAGACAGCAAGAGUUUAUUAAAUGGCCAACAAACGUAGAAAUCGCAGACAUCAAAAAUAAUUUUUUUGCACUAGCUGGCUUUCCGUGCGUAAUUGGGUGUAUCGAUUGUACCCACAUCCGAAUUCAGGCUCCGUACGUGCACGAGAACAAUUACGUAAACAGGAAGCGGUAUCACUCGAUCAAUGUACAAGGAAUUUGCGAUCAUGAAGAUCUUGUUCAUGACUAA